GCUAAAUCCUAGCCUUAAACAUAUAUCUUACCUUCUCAUUCUUCUCUUUCUUCAACUCCAUGGCUAAGCUCUAUUCAGCAGGAAAAACCCCCCCAAGGAUGGCUGCAAUGCUGCUUCUUUUUGGGCUGCUAAUGGCUAGUCUAGAGAUAACAGGUGCCCAAAUAGGAGUUUGUUAUGGCAGGAAUGGCAACAACUUGCCAGCACCAGGAGAAGUUGUAGCUCUCUACAACCAGUACAACAUCCGAAGAAUGCGACUAUAUGACACUAGACAAGAUGCUCUCCAAGCCCUUGGAGGCUCUAAUAUUGAGCUCAUCCUAGGCGUCCCCAACGAUAACCUCCAAAAUAUUGCUUCCAGCCAGGCCAAUGCCGAUUCAUGGGUCCAAGACAACAAAAAAAACCAUCCUAAUGUAAAGUUCCGGUACAUCGCAGUUGGAAACGAAGUGAGUCCUUCAGGCGCCCAGGCCCAAUUUGUUCUCCCUGCCAUGCAAAACAUUAACAAUGCAAUUUCGUCCGCCGGCCUAGGGAACCAAAUCAAGGUCUCCACCGCCAUUGACACUGGAGUUCUAGGAGUGUCCUACCCACCAUCAAGUGGCUCCUUCAAGAGUGACGUCCUGUCAUUUCUCACUCCCAUCAUCAGCUUCUUAGUCAAGAACAAUGCCCCAUUACUUGUCAACUUGUACCCUUAUUUCAGUGCAUACAUUGUUCCCAUACAUUGUUCACUGCAUCAGCGUUGCUAGGCAAACACGUAUCCUAACUUAUUAAUUAUUCAGUACAUCAAUAUUGCUAAGGAAACACAUAUCGAAACUAAUUCAUUUCUCGUGGACUUGCGGUUUCCUAUAAAAUCACCCUUCAGAAUUUUCGAA